AUGGCGUCGCACGUAAAUGUCCUCCUGUCGUCCUUCCCCGGACUUUCGCUUCCCCCGACAGUUUCCUUUGCAUUACCAGCGACGUCCACUCUAUCAGAUCUUUGCGAAAAGGUCUCAUCAUAUAUCCCUUAUUCUGUGCCCCUCCGGUCCCUCAUCUUAACAACAACAAAUAACAAACAAAUUCUCCCCUCGUCGCUCGCUGUUUCUGAACUCAUCUCACCAAAUGGCGACUCAACUCUCCUCCCCCUUCGUCUCACGGUUCCUAUGUGUGGCGGAAAGGGUGGUUUUGGCUCUCAACUUCGUGCUGCCGGUGGGCGCAUGUCAAGCAGGCGCAAGCGCAAUCAGGGCGACGACAACGGCUCCAGCCGUAAUCUCGAUGGGCGGCGUCUUCGUACAGUCAACGAGGCCAAGGCCCUUGCAGAAUACCUCGCCGUGAAACCCGAGAUGGAUAAGAAGGAGAAAGAGGAGCGCCGACGACGGUGGGAGGCUGUUGUUGAAGCCGCGGAAAAGCGCCAGGAAGAGCUCAAAAAUGGAGGUGGGAAGCAAAAGAUCGACGGUCAAUGGAUGGAGGAUAAAGAUGAGAUGAAUGAGAAGGCUCGAGAGGCUGUUCUUGCAGCUAUGAAGGAGGGCACUUGGACGGAUAAUCUGAAGGACGCCCUCCUAGGCGGGUCGAGCACGAGUGCAAGUGAGGGAAGUGGGCAAGAAAGUGCUUCUGCGUCGGAGGACAGCGGGGAGGAGGCCGAGAUGAGGGAUGCGCCUGCGCAACCUGGUUCGGCGCGGCCUGCUGCACCGAGGAGAUAUAUCGGGUUCGACGAUGAUGAUGAAUUCAUGAGUGACUCUGAAGAGGAUGAAGAAGCUAUGAAUGAAGGUUCAGAAGGAAAAGGAAAAGCGAAAGCAUAAGUGGUCGCGUUUUUUUGCUGUUUAAGAGCACUUUUCUUAAUUUGGUUGUUUUAGCGCAUUUAUCUGUUCCAGCACAAAUGUAUUCAUAGUCAUUCAAGCCGUGAUCUUACUAU